CGGGGCGGCGGGAUCGGGACCGGGAUCGGGAUCGGGAUCGGCAGCCCCUGAGCCCGCCAUGGGUGACGCGCCCCGCAGGGCGGAGUCGGGCACGCAGCUGCUGGCGCGACUCGAGGGCAGAAGCUCUCUGAAGAAUCUGGAACCUUAUCUGUUUGCUGAGGAAGGAUCUCCUGUUCAUGGAGACAUCAUUGAAUUCCACGGUGCAGAAGGAACAGGAAAAACGGAAAUGCUCUAUCACCUCAUAGCCCGCUGCAUCGUUCCAAAGUCGGGAGGAGGGCUGGAAGUGGAAGUCAUGUUCAUUGACACAGACUACCACUUCGACAUGCUCCGCCUGGUUACCAUUCUGGAGAACAGGCUGGCACAAAGGACGGAGGAAAUGAUAAAGCAGUGCCUGGGAAGGCUUUUCCUUGUGAACUGCAAUAGCAGCACUCAGUUACUGCUCACUCUCUACUCUUUAGAAAACCUGUUUUGUGCUCACCCCUCGCUCUGUGUUCUGCUUUUAGACAGUAUAUCAGCUUUUUAUUGGAUAGACAGAAGCAACGGAGGGGAGAGUCUUACCUUGCAGGAGAUGAAUCUGAAGAAAUGUGCCAGCUUUCUUGAAAAGCUUGUGAGACAGCACCACUUGGUCCUCUUUGCAACAACACAGACACUUAUGCAGAAAUCUGCAAACUCUGCAGAAGGCUUUUUCCCUUUAAAACUUCCACAUGAAACUGAUACAGACUAUAGACCGUAUCUUUGUAAAUCAUGGCAACAAAUGGUAACCCACAGGAUAUUUUUCUCUAAGCAAUGUAGUUCUGGCAACAGCAAUGGUUUUACAGUCAUUUCUUGCCACCUCAAAAGAAACCAGGUAGUAAAACGUUCAUUUAGUGUUGCAGAAUGUGGAGUUCGGUUUUAAAUUCAGUUUGCUUUGUAAACCUUUAGCGACUCUUGGUGCUUAACGCCUGAUUAGGUCUAAGUAGUUUCUGGUACCUUGAAAACUAGCUGGUUGUUGCUAAGUGAUUAAGAAUUUUUGUCACCAUUUUCUUAAAGUUUAGUAACAUUUUUAUUCAUGCUUAACCAAAGACACAUUAAACUCCAAGUACCCUUCAGUAAUCUAACCUGUGUGAUAUGUGGCCAAAUGCACUGAUUGAAUUUCUGGGUCUUGCUGCUUUACACCCCUUCUCUUCCAAGCUCCAGCAGUGGGAGCGUGGUUUGGUCCAUGGGGGAGGCUGCAGAGAGGCAAGAGUUCACUUUAUAAACAUUGGCCUUGGUUUAUUCCCUGUAGCCCUGGGCAUAAGAAAUGUAUUCACCUCUUUGCCUGAAGAAGGGGAUUCAUGGUCACAGCCUGUGAAGUGGUGGCAGUCCUGACUCUGCUGCUCCAGGUUCGCAGCCGCUCUGUUUCCAUUGGCAUGUUCUGGGAGGAGCAGGGAUUGCAGGUGUUCUGACCUUUACAAACAUCUGGCUUUGAAAAAUCUACACCCAUCUCAGAAAAAGAGGCCUGAUUUCCAUAACUGAAGGUAAACUAAAGACCCAGCUCUGGGUACCUGUGAGUUUGUGCAACAUGCAGCAAAUAGUUUAGCUUUUGAAAAUAAUUAAGUGCUGGUUAUGGGUUGUUUGGGGUGGGGGUGUGGUUUUUUUGUUGGUUUUUUUGUUUUGUUUUGUAAAUGAUGUACAGACAUUUUUUUCUCUCUUCCCUCCCUUGUUAUUCCUUCCCACUUCUUUCCCUGCCCCCACUCUCUCUAAGAAAUCCAGGAAUGCCAUGCCUCUGGUCUUUACCAAUAUGUAUUUGCCACAUGUAGAACAUUUGUGUGCAGGAUUUGGCAUGCAACAUGUUGCAAUUCUGGCAAAGAAGAUUUGGAAUUUAUGGAAAAUGCCCUACAGUUCUGGCAAAGAAUACCAUAUUAUUUAUGAACCUAGAGUGCCCUUUGAAAGCUUCAAAGUGCUUUACAAGAAAGAAAAUUGCACACAGAACAUUAUUUAAUACAAAAACUUACAUUAGCUUACAAAUUCAAAUUACUCAAACAUGGGGGAAAUAUUUCUCACAGCGAUAUUCGUUCAGUCAUGUUGCACAGCACGUUUUAUAGUUUAGAUUGAGCAGAUUAUUAACAAAAAUGCAUAUUAAGAAGUAUCUAGCUCUUUUGAGUAUCCAUCUUUUUGGGGAAGGUGCCUAAAAAACUCUGUUGUGAGAUACCUACCUUUGAAUUUCCUGACUUCUGAGGCAGCUUUUUCAAGCUGAAUGUAUGUCUGGAUUCCCAGCUGUGUAUAGUUCAUUUACCCUCUUGGGUUCCACUGUGUCUGUUCACAAUGAGUUCAGUUUAGUUAUUCUUUCUGUAGGAAAACUUCCUUUUUCCCCCCCUUCAUUUCAAACUUUCCAUCUGAUCACUUCUUCACACCGUCUGUUCCUUUACUGUGACAUGAGUGAACUUUGCCUUUUCAACAUCUCCACAGAGCUGAUGAGUUUUUAGAUUGUGGUUUCAUGUGUGCUUUCUCUUCCAUCAAAACAUGUAUUUUAAUUCAGACUUGCAUAAGUACACAAAUACAUGAAAAAAUAUACAGCAACAAUUUAGCCUAGACUGGACCUGAGUUAGAUGGUUUACCAUGAGUAGGCACUUCCACGAGGAAUUAUUGUAAAGGGCUUUCUUGAAUUUUUUCUAAAAAAGAACAGGAAGGUUCAAGUAGAACUACAGAACUCUAAAAUAUGAAAAUUAUAGGAAUAUGUAAUUUCUACUAGGAAAAAAGCAGCCCUCUUUCUAUUGGAGAAUACAGCUCCACUGAUUAUUAACUGCUUCAGAAAAUCAUACUUGCUAAAAAAUAUGCUUGAGAAAAAAACCCAAUAGAUAUGUUCCGGCAUUCCCAUCUGGAAAAAAUGCUUUUAUAUUAUUCACAAUGUAGUUUGUAUUUUGCAUUGUACUACGGAAGAAAUGCCUAAAUUGAAUGGAAGCCAAAGUUCCAGUUGAUCAAAAAGAGCACCUCAGGAAAUUUCGAAAUUUCCCAGUUUUACUUUUGCUUUGAAUGCAGACAGAUUUUUUUAAUUUUCUGAUAAUUGUAAUGUUCAUGCUCUGCACAUUUGUUUUAGCUGAAUAGCAAGCCUGGAUUUCAAGGUGCUGAACAUCUACAUAUCCCUGUAAUACUGCAGGAGGGAUAGGCAGUAUGCAAUCUGGGAGUGCGCUGACCUCAACCUCUGCCAAAAUUAUGCCAUUUGGAAAAAUGAACCUUUAGGAUACAAGUCUAAGAAAGAUGCAGUGAUAAAGAACCUGGGAGGCAGCAAUUUUGUUUGUACCUUAAUGCACUGCGAGUAUGAAAAAGGGAGUUUACCAUUUUCUAAAUGGAGAAUUUUCUCAAAAUUUUGUACAAAAAUUGUGGUUAGCGGAGAGUGCAGUUUGUCACUGUGAGCUGGGAACGGUAUUUUAAACGUAGCGUAAUACUUAGCCUGUGCUAUUAAAUGCAGAUUCUCCUCUUUCACCCAGACCCAAGUUACCACCCCGUCUCCAUCCCACUGUCUCACCUGGAGUGCCCUGUGCUGCUGCAGCUCAGACUCCCAGGGAGGAAGCUCAUUUUGGGUUAGUAGGUCUGUGCUGCUGGAAAUCAGCCCUGCAGAAGAGGAUGGAAUGCAUGUAUUCCUAAACUCCAGUGUAGCCAGGUAUUUCUUAGAAAUGAAAAUCCUUUCAUGUCAGUGCCGUUGUUCUUCAGCUCAGUGUGGUAUUGUUAAGGCUUUUGUAGGCAUAGGAACUUUUUACAUUCCAUAGAGUUUUUGUUUGUUGCUUCAUAUGCAACAUGGAAUUAAAGCAACAAGCUUGAAAUGAAGAGGAACUAGUCCACCCUUCACCCCCCUCCUUCUUAUAAUUCUUAGCAAAACUAAAUUAAGGUAUUUUGCAGGUUUUAUAUUUAUUUUCAGCUAAACUAGUGUUUCUAUGGACACCUGAAAAGAAAAUAUGGGGUUUUAUAUCCAGUAAAAAGUUCUUUGUACGCCUAGGCUUUUAUAGAGCAAAUAAAAUACAAAUAACAGUUUGCUUGGUUUAAGUUUGUACUUGCAAAAUAAAAUUCAAAUUUCCUUUUUCUUACAUAACUGAUUCCAGCCACUUAGUUUGGAAAUGGCAGAAGAUAAAGGUUCUCCUGUGAAAACAUACCUGCAGUUUUAUUUUUGCUGGAGAGUUAUGGGCAAAGGCAGAAAAAAUACCACUUUGAUGGCUGCUGUAUAGAAGGCUUGGACUGUGUCCUGCAGAGGAACAUGACUUUUAACUUUUCUGUGGCUGCUCUAAUAAAAUGUCUCUUGAACCUCUUUA